AUGAUAGGUUUAAUAGGAAUAUUUAAAGGGCCAAGGUCCCUGAAGUUGAGUGGUUCUGUAUUACUUAGUAAAAUUUCUAGAGUCCGUUUCCAUACGAGAAAUAUUCUUCGUCAGAAUUUGGAUGAGAAAGAAGUUUAUCGUAAAAAGCUUCAAGAAGCCAAUCGAUUAAGGGAAGAAAGGACUCGCUUCAAAAAUAGAACAGCAGCAUACUAUGCAGCAUCGUUGGGUAUUUUCUUUUUGGCACUAGGCUAUUCUGCUGUGCCGCUAUAUCGAGCUAUAUGUCAAAGAACUGGAUGGGCUGGAACGCCGAUGACUGAUUCGAGAUUAUUCACUCCAGACAAAGUUGUUCCUGUUGAUACAAAUAAAAGAAUAAGAGUACUGUUUAGCUGCCAGUCGUCGGGGAUUUUGCCUUGGAAAUUUACUCCCCAACAGAGAGAAGUCUACGUUGUUCCUGGUGAAACUGCGUUGGCGUUCUAUAAGGCAAAGAAUAUGUCGAAUGAAGAUAUUAUUGGAAUGGCGACUUACUCAGUUACUCCUGAUCAUGUAGCUCCUUACUUCAACAAGAUUCAGUGUUUUUGUUUCGAAGAGCAAAGACUCAGCGCAGGUGAAGAAGUAGAUAUGCCUGUUUUCUUUUUUAUUGAUCCUGAAUUCGCCAAAGACCCUGCAAUGAGAAACAUCGAUGAUGUCGUAUUGCAUUACUCAUUCUUCAAAGCCCACUACUCUGACGGAGAGUUGGCAGCCGUUCCUAUUGGAACUGCCGAUAUAAAAGCAAGCAUUAGCUAG